GUCUUUCAGGCAAACCAGAAACAAGCAAGCAGGUCAAGGCAGCCAGCCUCAGGCUCAGACAAGGUUUCCCAUCAGUGGUUAUCAGAGGCAGCUCUUCUUUUCUUUCUUGAACCCGCCUGGCAAGCAGGUUUUACUUACCACCAGUCCAUCCGCCUCACUUGGCUGUCUUCUUUCAUUGGAUCUUCAUACUUAUAUCAUAGUCGCAAGGCACUCCGGAAGCCGCCAGCUCCUCCGCUACCACACGUCACCUCAUAGAAGCUGGAAUAUAUUACGCAGCAGAAGUAGAAGCGCGUUUCACGCAUCCGGGUUUUAGACGACGAGGAAUACGAGAUUCUGUAGCGGUCCUUGGGUCAUUCCACCUGCUGAUGGCUGCACUGCGGACGAUACAGCGAGAGAACCUUAUCGGCGAUGAGAAUGCGUGGACCCCUUACCACGGCGCUAGGAACAAGGGAAAUGCUGCCGAGAGGACGCCUCGUCCUGCUGGAGGGUUUGGAGUUGACGUGAAGGAUCGCAUGGUUGCUCCAGGGAGUUCCAUCCGUGCAUUUGGCACGGAGCUGCGCAACACUCUAAACUCCCACCGCGUGGUUCCGAGCACACCAGUUUCCAAGAUGGGUUCCUUCAUGCCCGUGGCUCCUUCAACCACCAUUAAGGGAGGCCGGUCGGCUCUACGGAACGUUACCAACGAGAACGAGCCAACGACCCAGAUGAAGCCAUCUGUCAAGCGCAGAUUCGGAGAUGCCCUGACGAACACCUUCCCGCAGCUAGAUCUGGAGAGUCUGAAUGUCAAUGUUAACACCGUCCAGAAAGCCCAGCCAUCCAUGGCCAGUCGACUCAAGCCUCGAGAAGGGACUCGGGAGAAGGAAUCCGGCGAGUCAGCUCUUAAGAAGGGUCAGGAAAGUAACACGCAAGCCACCGGAGUUGCUGACGUCAGGAUGUCGCUACCUUUCUCGCAACUAGAGCCAAUUACCUCGGCGGUUCAGGAUCUCACGAUUGGGAAGGACGCGAAAGUGAAGGUGAAGGUGAAGACGGAGAGGGAGCUGAUUGCGCUGAACGACAUCGAUGCACUGGCGGAGCUCUACGCGGCUGAUGGCGUGGAGAGGAUGCCGAUGGAUGGAGAUAGCUACGAGGCAGUCAUCAGGGCUCAGGAUGAGGAAGAAAUUCGUCAGCGCGUUGAGAUGGUUAAGUCUAUCCGCGUCGAUCCUCCAUGCCUUUAUGGCCUCUGCAAGCAACAAAAGGAUCCGGAUAUGAUACCUUUGAUGGAUGAUCCCCCCAUGCCGUCACCUCCUGGAGGUUACCUUCCAUCCCUGUCUCUGAUGGAUGGUGAUGAUUAUCUUGAUGACCUCCAAAGCUUCCCAGAACUGGACUACCUGGAGGUGGGAUGGAGUGCACUGGAGUGAGGAUUAUGAGAUGUGGAGGGUGGCACUAUGUCAGUAAAGUUUGCAGCGAAGGAAUGUUUGGUAAAUAAGGUGGUGUGUCCUGAUGCGGAGGUCAUUCAUCAUGACCCCCUGUUGGUAGUACAGCCACCAUCUUGAUUCGGAUCUCUUUGUAGAUAUUGGCA